AUGGCAAAUCCCAAGGCUUGUGUCAGAAGCCGAUUCAGCUCCCUCCUGCUUGAUGCGGAUGCGCCGGUUCAAUCGUCUUUCGACUUGGACGCGGAGCAACGCUCGAUCAGAUUCGCAACAUCUCCAGGGGCCCAUGCCAUCGAAACUAUCGAUGUCCUCAAGCAGUCGCAGCAGUCAACGUCGUCUGAGUCAAAUGCCACGGAUACCUCUGCAGGAUCGCGUCGUUAUUUGGGACAUGCACCACAAAAUACAAAGACCUCUAAAGUAUCGUACCCAUACUUACCGGCAUCGUGGCUAUUUAGGAAUCGUGCACUUUCUAUCCGCUCCAAAGGGUCGAAAAAUGAUGGCGGAUCCAGUCGCCGGCCUUUCUCGUUCGGCUCCCUCAGGGGAAACAUGCAGCCUGAGCUGUCGCGCAAGUUGUACAAGGUGAUCAAAUCAUCCAACAACCUCAUCACGGCGCACGACGCGGCAGCGAAAGAGCGAAACACCAUUGCGAACCAGCUAUCCGAAUGGGGCGAGCAGACACAAGACGAGGCCGUUUCAGACAUCAGCGACAAGGUCGGCGUCAUUCUGUCUGAGCUAGGUGUUCAGGAGGACAACUAUGCUCAGAACUUGGAGGAGUCGCGCGGCGUACUAAAGGCUAUCCGUAACACGGAGAAGAGCGUCCAGCCGAGCCGCGACAACAAAGCCAAGAUCGCAGACGAAAUCCAGAAGCUCAAGAUGAAGGAGCCGCAGAGCACCCGGCUUGUCGUGCUGGAGCAGGAACUCGUUAGGGCUGAGGCAGAGAAUCUGGUUGCAGAAGCUCAGCUGUCCAACAUAACUCGACAGAAGAUUAAGCAAGCAUAUGAUAUCGAAUUCGCUGCCGUCAUCGAACGCGCCGAGAGACAAAUAAUUCUCGCCAAGCACGGUCGGCGACUGCUUUCCCUGCUGGAUGAUACUCCCAUGACGCCUGGUGAUGCGCAGCGCGAGUAUCAGAGCGGCAGUGAAGCGCGACAAAUUCUCAACGAUGCUGAAGAUGACCUCCGUAACUGGGAGCCUCACCCCAACGACGAGCCUUUCCACGACGCCCCUGAUGCUGCCGCCGCUGACUAUACCACCGAACCUUCGACGGCACCAUUGAGCGAUUCGACCGUUUCAGCAGGCGAAGCUCAACCAACAACGAAAGCGACCCCGAGCGCUAGUGUCGCUGCUUAG